GGACUGAUUGUAUUGGUCGUUGGGGAUUCCCGGCUCCACAACCCCAUGUAUUAUUUUCUGAGUGUGUUGUCUUCUGUAGAUGCCUGCUAUUCCUCGGUUAUUACCCCAAAUAUGUUAGUGGAUUUUGUAUCAAAGAAUAAAGCCAUUCCAUUCCUAGGAUGUGCAGUACAAAUGUUUCUUGCUGUUACCCUUGGAACCACAGAAUGCUUUCUCUUAGCUGCCAUGGCAUAUGAUCGCUAUGUGGCCAUCUACAACCCACUUCUGUACUCAGUGAGCAUGUCACCCAAGGUCUAUGUACCACUCAUCAUCGCUUCUUAUAUUGGUGGGAUUUUGCAUGCCAUUGUGCACACAGUGGCCACAUUUAGCCUGUCUUUCUGUGGAUCCAAUGAAAUUAGACAUAUCUUUUGUGAUAUCCCUCCUCUCCUGGCUAUUUCUUGUUCAGAUACCCACAUAAACCAGCUUCUACUCUUCUACUUUGCUGGCUCUAUAGAGGUAUCAACUAUAUUAAUUGUUCUGAUCUCCUACGGUUUCAUUCUGUUAGCCAUUCUGAGGAUGCAUUCUUCUGAAGGGAAACGCAAAGUCUUCUCUACCUGUGGCUCCCACCUAACUGGAGUGUCCAUUUUUCAUGGUACUGUGCUUUUCAUGUAUGUGAGACCAAGUUCCAGUUAUGCUUUGGAGCAUGACAUGAUAGUGUCGAUAUUUUAUACCAUUGUGAUCCCAAUGUUGAAUCCCAUCAUCUAUAGUUUGAGGAACAAAGAUGUAAAAGAGGCAAUGAUAAAAGUGUUUGGGAAUAAUAAGUUUAUCAAUAAAGUUUAUUUUUCAUACUAA